AUGGAAGCAGCUGCGUUUGUUGCGCCAUCUGCGUUGCCAGUGCCUCCCACUAUCCCGGCCCCAGGUUUGCCCAGGCAUGGUGGCGCGAAGUGCCAAGGCACACCAGGCUCAUACUGUGCAGUCGCUGCUGCUGCAGCCGUGUCGGUGGCGGUUACUCGACGAGCCAGGCGUGCUCGCGUUGUCCGACAAGCAUUGAGUGAUAAUCCUUGGGACGAGCUCAACAAGCAAACCAGGGGGACGGGCAAGCAGCGAAAGUCGGAGGCUGGUGCACCUUGGUUUGUCCCUGGCUGGGGCGACGAGGAGGAUGAGGAUGACGAUGAUGAGGAGGAGGAGUUGGAGCGCAAGAAGCCUGUGGAGGAAUCGGUGUACUGCUGUUGGGUCAUGCCCAAGAAGAAGGCAUCCGCGAUUCUGGAGGAGUGGGCCGAGGAGGAGGAGGCAUCAGACGAGCAGAAAGACAUUCUGCAGAGCUUGGCAUCUACGGAGUUUAGAGAUGGAUUCACGGUAUGGGGCCUCAGCCACACCAAGGAGGGCAGAGAACCCGGCUUCUACCUCAUUCCGCCCGGAGAUCCGGAGAUCCUGACUGUCAUGGAGGCAGUUGACGAAGAAAAAGUCGAUGUCCACCACGUGGCCGUCAGGCCCUCGAUGAAGGGGAUGGAAACGAAGCAAGCCUUCCUGGACUGGGUUGAGUCCCUCCGGCCCAAGAUGGUGGUGGUGAAGCGACCGACGGAGCUCUACGCCUUUGACCUCGGAGUGGAAGAGGGCGACGGCAAGGGCAUCAAGAAGGGGUCCGGGCCCAAAGUCAGCAAGGGACUCUGA